AUGUCUCGUCCCUCCACUUCUUUCCUCCGAUCGGCUCUCGCCCAAACACCCUUGUCCCUUCCCCGUACAGCCCUGAAUUUCCAAGCUCGAACACUGCUCAACGCAGCUUCUAGAUCAGGUAUAAAUACUUCUUCCAUCGAUUAUAGGAUUUUAGAGGGUAUCAACGAUUUUUUGCCAAAGGAGAAUUUCGAUAGGUUGCAGGAAUGGCAAGUGGGUUUGUGGAAUAGACUACAAGGGGAAGUCAACAAUAACCCAGCACUUAUUGAGACCAAGCAGAAAUGGGAUAAAUACGGCUUAGACAUGACGGACCUCAUAUCGUCAACAGCUAGGGAUAAGAACUUGACUUUGGCUUAUAACUAUGCUGCUUUGUUGCUGAAUAACAGCUUCUUCUUGGAAGGAUUGUCCGCCGAAGGAAACCAGCAAGUACCAUCGGAGUUUAAAGAUCUGAAAGAGAAAUUGGAAGGUUACGCGGAAGGUAUCGUAGGUGGUGGAUGGUUAUGGAUCGUGCGAUCUGGCGAUGCCUCCAAUAACCUCGAUGUAAUCCCCACAUUCGCAUCCGGUACACUACUAGUCACUCAACGAUCUCAGCGAGGUCGGGAAUCAAGUUUACCUCUAUUUGCUGAACCACCCACAUCAGGAUCUACCGAACCCUCAACGUCCUCUUCUUCCGAAACUGCUCCUCCUGCACCAUCUGCCGAAUCGGAAGAAACUCAAGUGCCAUUGAACAAGCGAUCCACCCGAUCUUUCACUUCUAGCUCCAACAGGAUCCAGUACCCUACCCCAUUAGCCGUGUUGAAUUUGUACGAGCAUGCCUACCUUUCGAACAAGUACGGUGUAUGGUCCAAGAAGGAUUACGUCAAUGAUUGGUGGAAGAAUUUAGAUUGGAGGAAAGUACAGAAGAGGAAUGCGGAAGUUGCUGCGUAG